CGCGGGGCUGAUACAUCUUGAGUUGUCAUCUACAAACACCAAACCACCAAGCUUGAUAGGGACAUGGAACAAACCUCUACAAUGGUCAGGGGACGUAUACCUUUCUCGCUUCGUAGCUUCUUGGAUCUUAUCGCAGAAAAAUUAUGGAUAAUAUCUACAAUCUUCCUGUUGAUUCUCAUGGUGCUUUAUCGGGUUCUUCCGCCUUGGAAUGCUGUAAACUAUGAUGUUGCUAGGUCUAUCGGUGCGAUGGACAAUUCAACAUGUCAUUAUCUUAGAUACAGUAAUGAAUCAAACGGAUCAUCAAUCUUUAAAUCAAGCCAAGUCGUUCUAGUCAACUGGUCUGAAGUCCUUCAAGUGGCAAUUGAGCUUGAAUCCGAACCCGAACUACCAAAUGGAAAUGUUAUAUCAAAGAUGUGGAGCGAUUUGCUGGAUAGUGUUUCUAUGGUGAUGGACUCGAGUCAGGAGUUGAAUACCAGAGGAAAUGGGAUAGAAGUAGACUAUGAAAACCUCCUUUCAAAGAUUGCUCAAGUGCUUCGAAUGAGCUCCACUCAAUUGGAAGAAUUAGAAGUUUCAUUAAGUAGUGCAAGGCGUUUGACUGCAUCAGCGCACUUAUCCUUGUACAGCACCAGGAAACAACUCAAGUUAGACUCUGAACAACAUGGAUUGGCUCGAUGGCUUGAAUCACACUUUCGAGGAGACAGGGCUUUUCGCAGACGCCAGGUAGGACUCAACUUGACCCACAUGGCGAUACAACGUGCAAACGAGGUUUCUCAAUACUUGAGUGGGAUGGAAGUUUGGGUUAAAUGGUACAAGGAUAAUAUUAUUACUGUCCACAACUCUAUCAAGAAAGAGCAAGCAGAGGGUUGCAAAAAAUCACGAGUUUCUUUCUGCUUGCUAUUUCUGGAAUCCAUCUUCAACAAUUUGGAUUAG